AUGGCUUCUCCCACUUCAUCCCCUCAUUCUCCAGGUCCUCAGACUACAUGUACCAUUUCUGAAUCCCCCGAGGCUACUGCUGGUUCAGAGCGAUCUAUUUCUACUUCUAACACAGUUCCAUCCUCUGUCCGGAACUCGAAUUUACUACCGACCACAUCUUCGGCAGAAAAACGACUUUCCACUUCCUCAAAUUCCUCAAGGAACCCCCCAACACCUAACCAACAACCCCCCGCUUCUCCCAGUCCUUCGUUCACCUUUACUGCCUCUCCAGCUGCUUCCCCACAGCCAGGUAAGCAUCGUAUUCCGUCGUUCCCUCCUCCACAGGCGACCAGAAUCUCCAUUAUGUCGACCCUGUCUUCCAAUCGCGAUUCGUUCAACCCACAAUUCGUUUCGUCUCUGUCCUAUACUUCCGUCCGAGAUUUCGCCUAUCCUUCACUACAUCCUUUACAUUACGGUCCCUCUAUCGCUUCAGGGCUUUCUACCCCUGCUGGCUCACAGCGCGGCUCCGAAUAUUUUGAGAAUACUCCUGGCGGUGGUAGCUCCUGGUUUACCGGCGGCGGCAGCGGGUACCGUCGACUUUCAGAUCCCGCUCAUCCUUCUUUCGACCUCACUUCUGCCAGCGCCUCUGGAGGAUGGGAGUCAUCAGCAGCUCGACAAAGAUCCACGAACCAGCCACCGCCUCUUAACUUUUCCGAUGGUCCGCCGUGGAGUGAGGAUGAGGAUCUACAGAGCCCUGUUGUUUUGCCGAAACAUAGAAAGCACAAGUCUUCUGCUGCGCACAUGCAGAGUAACCAUUUAAGAGGGCAGAGUAAGAAUGCAGUGGCGCCCAAUACGUCGCAACACUUUCCUGCGGGAGGACAGGAACCUGGUGAUGAGAUGUACAACCAUGAGGGAGAAGGUGAGGAGGAAUAUGACCCGGACGACCCCGAAUACAAUUCUCACCAAUAUCACUAUUCUGAUGAGGAUGGGCAUGAAUAUGACGACGAAGAGGAAGGCGAAGAUCUCUAUGACGACGAAGAUAGCAGGUUCAGCAGAGAUUAUCAAUUUCAAAUAACGAGUCCGGAUGAGGAGAUGAGCGGGAAGGCUGUCGCAUUGUUUGAUUUUACGAGUGAGAAUGAGAAUGAGCUUCCAUUGGUAGAAGGACAGAUCGUAUGGGUUAGCUAUAGGCAUGGACAGGGGUGGUUGGUUGCGCAGGAUCCCAGGACUGGAGAUACGGGUUUAAUUCCUGAAGAAUAUGUUCGUCUUUUUCGCGAUGCCCGGACUUCAUACGAUCGCAUGGAUCCAGCUACCAUGACCCCAUCUUCCUCUGCAGAAUCGGGGCCUUUGGAGGGCGAGCUCACGUUAGACACAACAGGCACCAGUACAAAUGGACAAACUGCGCCUAUAAUCACCACUUUCUCAACAUCCUCCCAAGACGUCUAUCCCUAUCAAUUCCACUACGCCACAGACCACUUACCAGAGAAUCCCCAUCAUCCACGUUCUAGAAACUCACCAGAUUUCACGGGCGACAUGACCCCAACAAUUACGAGUAAUAAAGAGAGGAUUGCUCAGUUGCAGCGAGAGCAAGAGCGGGCAGUAGCAGAGGAAUCGUCCACACCUAGACUUAGGGGCCAAAACGGCGUUGGGAUCAUACCCAGGCUGAACGGAGGGGGAAGCGAUGUUUACUAUGACGCACCUGAGCGACAGGGCGAUGGUUUUCGAGGAAAGGCGAACGAAAACAAUCUGCAGGUGCGAUAG